AUGUCGGCCGCCGUGGCGUGCCUGGACUACUUCGCCGCCGAGUGCCUGGUGUCCAUGUCCGCGGGCGCCGUGGUUCACCGCCGCCCGCCGGACCCCGAGGGCGCGGGCGGAGCCGCAGGCUCGGAGGUGGGUGCGGCGCCGCCGGAGUCCGCUCUGCCGGGUCCGGGGCCACCGGGGCCCGCGUCGGUCCCCCCGCUCCCGCAGGUCCCCGCCCCCAGCCCCGGCGCGGGCGGCGCCGCGCCCCACCUGCUGGCUGCAAGCGUCUGGGCGGACUUGCGCGGCAGCUCUGGCGAGGGCUCCUGGGAGAACUCGGGGGAAGCUCCACGCGCCUCGUCCGGCUUCUCCGACCCGAUCCCGUGCUCCGUCCAGACCCCGUGCUCCGAGCUGGCUCCCGCCUCCGGCGCCGCGGCGGUCUGCACUCCCGAGAGCUCCUCCGGUGCGCCCGCGGUCCCGAGCGCGCCUGCCGCCCCGGGCGCACCAGCAGCCUCUGGUGGGGUCUCUGGAGGGGCCCUAGGGGCCGGCCCCGCCCCAGCCGCGGAUCAUGUGCCCCGGAGGAGGCCUGUCACACCUGCUGCCAAGCGCCACCAAUGCCCCUUCCCGGGCUGCACCAAAGCCUAUUACAAGUCGUCGCACCUCAAGUCCCACCAGCGCACCCACACGGGUGAGCGCCCUUUCUCCUGCGACUGGCUCGACUGCGACAAGAAGUUUACGCGUUCCGACGAGCUGGCCCGCCACUACAGGACGCACACGGGCGAGAAGCGCUUCUCCUGCCCCCUCUGCCCCAAGCAGUUCUCCCGGAGCGACCACCUGACCAAGCAUGCUCGCCGCCACCCAACCUAUCAUCCAGAUAUGAUCGAGUACCGGGGACGUCGUCGCACUCCCCGCAUCGACCCGCCACUCACCAGCGAGGUGGAAAGCUCCGCCUCCGGCUCCGGUCCCGGCCCGGCGCCCAGCUUCACCACCUGCCUGUAGGACAGUCAUUGCUGUCAGUCUUACCCUCAAGGAUGAUGCCCCAGGCCGUUGUCCCUGCUUUCUCUCUGCCCAUCCUUCUUUCCCAGAGUCAUUACACCAAGGCACAGACUGGUUCCUCUGCUCUGAGGGUGGGUCCAGGCAGACAUGUGGACUCUGGGGAGGUACUGGGGGCCGGAAAAUAGCGGGAAUUCUUACAACGCGUAUAUCAUCCUAAAAGUGGGGGUUGCCUCAAGACAGCCCCCAGGAACUGAUAAGAAGGGAUGAACUCCGGUACUCUCCAGAGUACUGAAGAUUCUCCCCUCCCUGGAACCAGGGAUGUGAAACUGGAAUUCUCAGAUGCCUGAGGAGCUCCCAGUCUCAAAGGACUCUGGUGUCUCACCCAUCCACCAGGGCGGACCUUGGAGAGGGUGUCAGGGGUGGCAGUCUUGGAAAUGUCCAGGACUGGGAUGGUGAGAGGCCUUUGGAAACAGAAAUGAUUUCUAUUUCUGUAAACA